AUGUCACGUGCGAAUCGGUUCCGCACGGUCGUGAGUCAGUCCAUCUUGGUGCCACCUCCGCUGCCACUCAUUAACUUGCCGGAGGAACCACGUCACGUCCGUACAGGGGUCCCAGAUGAACGUCCAUUGCAUCUACCAAUUCGCAGACAUAGUCCCAAUACCGUCGCCAUAGCCGCCUUGAAAAAAAAUCCAUCUACAGAUUUUAACGGUCUACAGCCACCAAAACCUGAACCGAUUCUUCACGAGAGCAAAUCGUUGCUGGAUUUUGAAGCUGAAGCGUAUGAAGAGAUCGACGAGGUGUCACGUCUUCACGUGUAUGAAUACAAUCGACCUAAUAUUUUCCGAGACAGCAACGCACCUGACGACACACUAAUCUUCGACUCGUUAUUCGAAAGUGGUAAUUUACUUCGAGCUGAGCGAGUAUUUCGUAAAAUACCCACAAAUUCGGGAUCACGGAUACCGCAACAAGAGUAUGAUUUGUUGAUCCAUCCGGACGUCAAGAAUGGAGCUUAUCGUCAAUGGUUUUACUUUGAAAUUCGCAAUGGGAAACCAGGGAUCACGUAUCGUUUCUCGCUUGUCAAUCUUGCGAAAAGUGGGGCAUUAUUUGGACAAGGUUUGCAGCCUGUAGUCUACUCAGAAAAAGACGCAACGAAAGGAAUAGGCUGGAGACAUCGAGGCACUUGUAUCCGAUACGAUAUGACUGCGUCUCCCCUGGCCCCUCCUGGGGCCAACGCAUUGACUUUCCACUACGAAUUCGAACACGAGAACGAUUGUGUCUACUUCGCGUGCAUCCAACCGUACACAUACACCGAUUUAAUGGACUACUUGGAUCUGCUGGAACGAGAUCCUCAACGUUCUGUAACAUGUCGUCGUACUGAGCUUUGCCAGAGUAUAGCUGGCAAUUCCUGUGAUCUGCUGUCAAUCACUUCUCCGGGUAAAGAUGGUCUGCCACCCGACGAUCGACGUAUUAUUGUAGUUUCGGCUCGGGUGCAUCCAGGCGAGCCCAAUAGCAGUUGGAUGAUGCAGGGAAUGCUCGACUAUCUCACAGGUCCCAGCAGUGGGGCUACAGUUCUGCGACGAAACUUUGUGUUUAAAGUAGUGCCCAUGCUCAACCCGGACGGUGUUAUUAACGGCAACACGCGCGUCAAUCUGGCAGGAUGGGACCUCAAUCGCAAGUGGAACAGCCCCAUUGAGCAGCUCUUCCCAACGAUAUACCACUUAAAACAGCAGCUAGCACACUUCCAAUCACGCGGACGUGUCGCUAUUUACUGCGACUUACACGGACACAGUAUCAAUCGUAACAUCUUUACAUACGGUUGUUACUCUGCAAAGAAGAAAUCCAGUACAGACGGAUCAAAAGCUCCUUCCGAUACCGUCGGACUUAGGUCGGAUCCUCGAGUGUUUCCAAUGAUCGUUGCUCGACACGCAAAGUGUUUUUCGUUCGGGAACUGCGACUUUUCUGUGCACAAAUCCAAGAUGAAUACAGCCCGAGUGGUUGUGAAUCAAGAGCUUGGAGUGACGAACAGUUAUACACUCGAAGCGAGUUUCUGCGGACCCGAUUUUGGAGCGCUAAGAGACACACAAUUCUCCACUAAUGACCUCGAAGAAAUGGGACGUUCAUGGUGUCAGAGCUUGCUCUUGUACUACGGUCUCACGUCUCAGGUCAAAGCGUUAGAUACUGAGCGAAAGAAGCAAUCGCCUUGCAAGAGACCUCCUGCUUGA